AUGCCUGGGCGUUCAGGCAGUGAGGCAGGAGGCGUAGGCCCCUCAGUCGAGCUGGUAACUCCACUCAGUGCCACAAGGGCGACCUCUGCUAGGUCCUCCAGCGGGCGAGGUCAUCCGUUACACCCAAGUGCCUCCGCCAGCUUCUGCUUCAGCGACACCGUUCCCACCCACGGUCAACACGCUUUGGCAAAUGCCGGAGAGGUGGUUCACGUAGACCACGGUGGGGGCCAGUCGCAGCGGAGCUGCCUCCCCACCAUCAUCGACACGUCGGCGACUGAGCCGACUGCCGCUGGUGUGCCCUUUCUUCGCCCUGACUUUGUUUCUUCACGAGCGGUUUUGGCAGACAUGACGAUGAACAGCCAAGUCUCCACACCGCACCAGUCUACCCCCGCUGCUGACACGCGCUCUGUUCAGCUUCUUCAGCACCUGCAGCAGAUGCUUCAGAACAACGUACCGACGGCGAUGCUGCAGCAGUGGGUGUCCGCCAAGCUCCUCCAAGCCACAUCGCCUGCCACCUUUACGCGACCUCCCGCUGCUGUCGUAGUUGGCCCCUCGCUAUCUGCGAGACCGCUCCCCCCCACCGCCCUGCCAGCUUCGGCACGGGGGCAGCUGACAAGUCCACGCAUCCCCGGUGGCAGUCGCCCGCCGCGACGGCCCGCGCCGGCGGUGUCUUUUUCUGCUGUCGCCUACCCACAUCGUCAAACACACCAGCAGCAGCUCUCACCACGGCAGGGCAGCCCUUUGGACCGCGUCAACGUUUCUUCCGAAUCGUCCUUCACCCCGUCUACCAUCGGAUGUGUGUCCACCGCAAACAGCGGCAGUGGUGUCCCCAGUGCUCUGACGCCGGCCGUCGAUGGAGGCGCAGUUGCGCUCGCGCCAGCGAUGCGCAGCGCCACGUCGGUGGGUGUCACGGUGCUGUCGAAGGCUGACAUCGAAGCGCCUAUAUCAGGGCCCUCACUGCAGUUUUUGGCAGGUUCGGCGGUUGCGCCAUCAGUGGAGAGGGGCCCCUGCUCCACCGUCAAUGACCCGCUCACCAGCGGUGCCGGCAGUGACGUCGACCCGGCGGAAGCUCAGCGAUUUUUCUGCGGCGACGGCCUACUAACGACUUCGCGACUGCGCCGGCAGCACUCCCAGUGUCGUUCGCUUCGAAACCAGAGCAGCAACGCCGGCUACAGUUCUCCCACUGCCCCAUCUGGUGGGGUGUGGUCAGCGACGGUGUCCGGCACGGAUGCUAACAUGGCCCUCCCUCCGACCAUCAUUCUCCACUCAACGUCUUCCAGCCCUGCAGACUCCCCGAGGCACUGCCGCGUUGCCUCUGCACUGCACUCAGCUACGAAAGCAGCGAUUCACGCGACAACGUCCCAGCUUGUGGCAGUCAAGCGGCAGAACAUCUCACAGCUGCUCGAGGAGCGCUUCUCGCGUCACUCCCAAAAUCUUGUCCGGCGCGCGGCAUCGCCACUUGUGCAGGUCGGCAGCGGCUCGCCUGGGACUUCAGCGUUGUCCGGGGCGACUUUGGGGGCAGCUUUCUCGCAGGGACGGUCACGCUGUGAGAGCGACUUCGGCGCAGACAGUGACAACUCCAGCCUCGCCACCGCGAAUACUGUGCUCGAGCGCCUCGAGGCACCGACCGGCUCGUUGGUCGCGCCAGAGACGCGGCUCCCAUCGGUGGCAAGCGCUCCGCUCAAGGUGGAGGAGAGGGGUGCCGUGGUAGCGGUGCGGUUUUCGGCUCAUCGCGCUCCUUUGCCAUCGGUGGCCGCGGCGGCUUCUGGCACUGGCCCGGCGCGCAAAUUGCUAGCCAGCCGUCCAUCGCCUGCCAUCACGCCACCCAGUCUGCUGGUGACGGGGAUGGAUCUGGGCGAGAGCGGCGGCUCUGGGGUGUCGUCACUCCAAGGUAAUCGUAGCGUAAGCGACGACCAUAGCGCCGUGUCGAACGGCGCCGCUGCUGCUGCCCCGCUGCCGUUGCCUGCAUCCGUGGAGUCUGCGUCAAUCCACCGAUGCACCGACAGCAUCCCUUCAGAGCAGCCCACGAAUGCAGAGGCCCAGCUCAAGCUGCUGCUGCAACGGGGCCGGCCGAGCAGCACCUUGUCGGCCGUGAUGGCUGCGCGCUCGCUGACGGCGGCCACAGAGGCUGCUUCGGGCGAUGCCGCAGAGCCGGCGGCGGCCGCGGAAGUGCUGGGUGUCACCUCCCCCAUGGCGGCUGAUACGGAGGGCGCGAGCGUGCCCUGCACCCCUUGCCGGGAGUCGUCAUCGCACACCAACUCGUUCAUGCUCAGCGGCGGCGACUCGCACCAGUUGCCACGUUGGUGGGGCGGCGCUGCCGCCCAUGACGGUGAGCAUUACCAUCUUCCUCAUCGCGGCGCCAUCUUGACCCUGCCUGCAGUGAGCGCCUCCGCCUCUCCGUUCGCGUCGGCGCAGCCGCCGCUGAACAUCAACUCACACACACCUGUCUUGGAGACAUCACUCUCGCAGCUUGCCCCGUUGCCAUCCGCGGUGAUUCAAGCCACACGCCAGGCCACCGUGACGCCGCGGAGGGUGACCAGCUUCGUCUCCAACGCCAGCAGUGACCUCCGUUGUGGUGGUGCGACCGGGGGGCACGGUGCCGCUUCGCUCCUCAACCUCGCCGAGCAAGAUUCCUUUUCCCUGCAUGAUGACGUGCCGAGUUUUAACAGCAGCCACACCGCUGGCGUGUCGUCCAUCGGCGACGGCAUGAGCGGCAAUCGCCGGCGCCACUUCUCCGUGCUUCACUUGAGCCAGUCGUCUAUGAACGGCGGUGUAGACCCCAUGGACGGAGUUAUGCCGAGCUUCAUCCUGGAUGACAUCAAGGGUGCGCAGCGCCGCUCCGGCCCACGCUUCUUGCGCUCCUUCUGCCGUCACACGCCUGUGCGAGCCACGGAGAGCGUGACGCACGAGGCGCUGAGGGGGCUUGGGGUGCCGUUCAUUGAAGGCAUCGACCAGGCCUCAGUCCCAACAAACGUCUUGCAGCUGAUGGACGCAUACAGGUUCACGGACAGCUGCGCCUUCUACGUGGCGAUGUGCCUCAACGUGUUUCUGCGCUACGGGUUCGUGCAGCGCUUCGGAUGGAAUCUGCAGAAGCUGAAGAGGUUCUUCGAGGUGGCCGCGACGUACUUCCGCGGCGGCAACCCGUUCCACAAUGCGGUACACGCCGUCGACGUCGUCAUGGCGGCUCACCAGUGGCUCAACGAGGGGAGCACCGGCGCCGCACUUUCCGAUGAUGAGGCGAUGACGUUUUUGUUCACCGCCAUGGUGCAGCAGCUCGCUCACACAGGCGCCGAUAACCGCCUGCUUGGACAGCUGAAACACCCGUACGCGAUGCUCUGCAGCUACGCGUCGCCUCAGCAGGGUGCCACUGUCGCACUAGUGAUGGCGCUACUGAGUCGACCAGAGCUGCAUUUCUUUCCAGUCCCCUUCCUCGCCACAGCUCACACUGCUGGCGCCAGUGUCGUUGCCGACCCGGCCCUUGUAAAGGAGUGGACCACGGGCCGCGAGUCGCAGGUGUACGAUAUGCUGGCUGACCUUAUCACGGCCACAGACGAGCGUAACCAUGCCACGCUGAAGCAAAACAUCGUGCGCAUGGGGGAGGAGAACGCGCGGCGGCACGGCUGCAUGUGUGCUUCCACUCACACCGACCGCUCCUUCUCCCAGGCCGACGCCGCGACGCGGCUGCCGUACCCGUCCCUGCUGGGCAACUUCUGUCUCAGCUGCUGCGCCUACAUCACCGACGCGCACGUGCCCGACCUGCUGAAGGCGGUGCUGCACUUCAUUGACUUCGCGUACCUGUUCCGCCCUUACCAGGUCUAUCUGUCCGGCAACAUCGCCUACAUGGCGGAGGUGUACCGGCAGAGCCAGCGGGAGUACCAACUGCUGCAACGCUGGCAGGAGCAGCAGCUGCCAAGGGCCUUGACGGAUGGGGCGGAUGGGGAGAGGGUUGGGGAGGAAGUUCUGCGGAGGCGGUCUGGUGCUCAAAACCCCGGCGCACCUUUCUGCGCCCCGGCGACGGACGCUUACGCGCCAGCGGUAACGUUUGCCACGGCGCUUCUGGCAGAGCAGCAACCUUGGCGGCAAGGCGUUGCUCAAGCCUCCACCGUGACCUCGCUGCAGCGCAGCGGCGAUGAGGCCGUGCUAACUGCGGACGCCCCGCCGCCGUCGCGCCGUGUGACGGACGUGACGCUGCCGAGCGAGAUGCCAGCGCAUCGUCACUCUAUGCGUCCGCCACUGCUGGCGCUGAAUGCGCAGCUGAUGCAGCAGGCGACGAGAGCGUCCCAGGACGAGGACGCCUCUGUCUUGAAUGCGCUGGGCAGUUCGACGUGCGCACAGCCCCUCAAGGGUCUCGGUCGCGAUAUUGUGCUCAUUAGCCUGGAGGACUUGUGCCUGCCCUUCCUCGUGCAGCUGGCCCCGUACAUGCCGGAGGCGUGGGUGGCGGCGAGUUACGAGAACCAUCAGCGGCUGAUGAAGUCUCUUCCAACACCGGAGAAGUUUGAUGAGGUCGUCCAUCGGUUGCUCGGCAUGGGCGAGGAAACAGAGGCGGAGAGGCUCGAGGAGGAUAUGAAGAAAGAGGGCGAGGCCGAGGAGGAGGCGGAUUGCCUUGCUGCUGAGGGCUCUUUUGCGCUACCGUGGCGGCUGCUGCGUCCGAUACGCCCCAUUGAAUCGGAGUGGACGGUGGACAAGGACGGUCUGGUGCGACGUGUGGUGAGAGAGAUCAUGAGAGGGCCCGAUCAGCUGCUGAAAGAAAGCGAUGCGAGCUGA